AGUAAUAUGUGCUUGCUUUUCCUCAACCUCAGAAAUGUUGAUAAAUAUGAAGGAAUACAUCAAUAUAAAUUUAUUGUAUCUUGAGAAUUAUCAAAUUAAUUGAUAAUAUACAAGUCAAAAUACUUUACAUGUGAAAUAUUGUAGUAACUUAUUCACAAGAUUCAAAAGACAUUGAAUUCUCAUGUUGAAGUUGGUAAUAAAUAAUUGAGGUUAGAAUUCCAGAUCCGCAUGUUUGUUAUUACAUUUAGGUUAGGAAUUGAAUUUGCCAAAAAUUGUAAUAAUGUUCUUUAAGUUAACAUUGAAUUUUUGAAUUAGAGUUUGUAAGCCUUGAAUUCUAAGUUUUGUUAGAAAUAUGGCGAAAUGUGAUGAUGCAUCUAAUGAGAAUGAAUUAGUUACAAUAAAAGAAGGAAAAGCACAAAUAAUCAGCUUUUCCAAGGGUGUAUUCUAUAAUCCAGUUCAAGAAUUCAACCGAGAUCUAAGCGUUGCAGUGAUAUCAUUAUUCUCUGCCGAGCAUUGUAAACUGAAGCAAGAAAAAUCAGACAAUCUCAAACAUGACUUGCCCAGAAGAGGAGUUGAGAGAAAUAAAUUUGAUGAAAGUUCUCAUUCUCUGUCGAGACAUGGAAUAACAAUGGCUAAACUUGAAGAACUGCUUCGUGGAACACAUUUUUUCCAUCGUACAGAGACAUCUAACUAUAACUAUAGCUGGAACAUAGAAAUGCUUUCAAACUUCGAAAUCGAACCACAUGAUCCAUCAACAAAAGAAAAAAUGACAAAGGCUUUUAAAUUUUUUGAAAUUGUUGUGAAGCCAGUUCGAAGGAAGCAUAUUAAAGAUGCUGCACCAGUGUCAAAUACUGUCAAAAACUCAGACAGAAAGAAGCAACGGCAUUUGAAAGUAUAUCUCAUGUUAGUAGAUGUAGAUAUUUUGAAGAAUAGUUUUGGAUACAUUGAUAAUGUAAUCAAUGAUACUAAUGCUUCCUCAAAUAAAAAUAAGCUUGAGAAAGAUUUAGAAAAAUCAUCUCACAGUAUUAUUGAAGCAAAACUGGAGAACGCAAAGAUUGUGCAAUCCUCAACAGAAUAUCCUGAAAAUAGCUCAUUAGAAAUGGGUGAAACGUCAGAUUUGAAUUGGUGUAUUUCGAUAACAAGCAAUGAUAAAAAAGUUAUCGCAAGAAAACGGUUUUGCAUCGUCCCACAAGGAUUCGAUGAAGAGAAAAAUAUUGAAAACAGUCAGUCAACAUCAGAUAAAGUUGGAGAAGCCUUAAAAAAUGAACAAUCGCUGGCUGUGGAACCUUACUUUCAAAAAAUAGAGUUUGUGCUAGAAAAGCCUCAAUCACUUGUAUUCGAAAUCGACAAACAUUUGAAUAAUAAAGAUUGUGAAGACACCGACAUCAUUAUUCAAGUUACUAACAGCAGAUCGUUGGUGGAAAAUACUGUAAAUUCAUUCAAGGAAGAUGAACAAGAAAGUGACAUAAAACCACAAACUAAUUCAGCCAAAUCGAAAGAAAUUAGUGACCACAACUUGGAAGAAAAUUUUGUAUUUGCAGAUAGGAAGCCACCUGGUGAGAAAUAUGAGGAUGGAAUCAAAAUUCUUGAAGCACUGUCCGCUUCAGGAUUACGUUCUAUACGUUAUGCGAAGGAAGUUCCAGGUGUUGAACAAAUAUUUGCCAAUGAUAUAUCACAUGCUGCGGUCGAAAGCAUCAAGAAAAAUGUCGCGUGCAAUAAUGUUGAACAUUUGGUCACUACAAGCAACGUCAAUGCAAUAUCUCAUGUUUAUGAAGAGAAGUUCGAUGUUGUUGAUUUAGAUCCGUAUGGAUCAGCUUCUCAAUUUCUGAAUGCAGCUAUUGAGAAUCUAGUAGAUGGUGGACUGAUGCUUGUGACUUGCACUGAUAUGGCUGUAUUGGCGGGAAAUGUUCCUGAAGCCUGCUAUGCCAAAUACGGAGCAAUGCCCUUGAGGAACUCCGCUUGUCACGAAAUGGCCAUUCGAAUAGUGCUGAAUUGUAUACAAGAGCAUGCUGCUGACUACAAUAAGUACAUUGUGCCUCUCCUAUCAAUAUCUGCUGACUUCUACAUUAGAGUUUUUGUAAAGAUCUAUUCCUUUGAUAAGAUUGAUAAAAUCGCCAAGAAUGGAACUUCACUUGUUCAUCAGUGCACCGGUUGCCAUACUCUCCGGCUGAGCGAACAAACCAUCUUGAACCAUUCAGACCAUGGAAGGACACCUGUCACUGAGAUUUUGAACAGAUUCUGUGAUCAUUGCGGAAAACGUACUGUUUUAGGAGGUCCAAUCUGGUUUGAACCCAUCCAUGACUUGGAGUUUGUUGGGAAAGUGCUGUCUGUCAUUAAAAGUCAACCAUUCAACACAAUGAAACGUAUGGAAGGCAUGCUCAAGUUGAUAUUUGAAGAGUUGAAUGAUGUGCCUCUAUACUACACUGUUGAGUCGUUGUGCAGCAAAGUACAUUGCGAAGUUCUGCCGCAAAUUGUAUUUCAUUCAGCAGUACUGAAUGCCGGAUAUGACGUCACACUAUCACAUUGUGCUCCGAAUUCCUUGAAAACGAAUGCUCCUGCAUCUGUGAUUUGGGAUAUUCUGAGAUGUUGGGUGGAAACACAUCCGGUUAGUAAGAAGAGACUUGUUGAAGGAUCAGUAGCGUUGGCGUUACUGCAGAAGAAACCGUCGUUGAAAGCUGACUUCACUGUCAAUUCGAAAGCGAUCAGUGAAUUGAAAAUGAAUAAGGUUUUACGUUACCAACAGAAUCCUCAACCAUUUUGGGGACCUGGAUGCAGAGAUAGAACCAACUAUCCGUCUGAAGAAAUGAAAAACAAACGACAAAUGAACCAAAAUAAAAGAAACAAGAACAAAAAGAAAAGGAAAGUUGAUGAUACAUCUUCAUCUUUAAUAAUAAAAUCCACUCCUUCCGACAAUGAGGACUCGUGUAGUGAAUAAUACAGUGAGUGAGAACUACAGGCUAUUCUGUUAAAAAUCACCUUGAGAUAUUCUUAAACGUUUUAUACCAAGAUUUCUAACAAGCUACUGUUACAGAUAUUUCCAAUGUAUAUAUUCAUUCAUAUUUUUAAUAUUGACAGUAAUGUCAAGCGAUUGUAAAUCAUUCAUAGCGAUUCACAUUUACCUUAUAAUAAAGUUUAUCUGUUGGAUCGAA